AUGCUAGGUCGGUCCUCCGGCACUAUCUACUUGACAAAAAACCAAGUGUCGCUGCACGCGCCUGAAGUCAGCAUCACAGCAAGGAGCUUCGAUCUAUUGCGAUCCUACAAACUUCUCAUCCUUCCAUAUACACGCUCUCGCUGUUGCGACAACGAUAGCCACACACACAGUCAUCACUUGCGGAAGAUCCAGGUCCCGGUGAAAGAGCUACCAACGUACCUGGCAUUCAUGCUGGUUCGGCAACGUAUUAAACCGCGUCUCUUCGAAGUUGCACACGGCCUAUCCGUAUCUGUGAGCCUGCGCGCGGACGUAGCUGAAGUGCUCGCCUCAACUGCGCUGCCCCAUUACCCCGAGGUUAAGCUAACAUUCCCGGAGGCGCCCUACAUGAAGCGGGUAUCCAUUGCUGAGCGGAGUCGACUGCACGCACGAUCCAAGAAGAUAUUGAAAGUCUGGUUUAAGUGCGAGCGCAAGUUGGAUGAACACAUUGUUCAUUACCAGCAGCUCGAGCAGGAAGGUCGGGUGUUUGAUACCACACCGCAGAAGUCCAAGUACAUCCUCCACCCUCACGACAACUAG